CGUAAUGCUUAAAAUGUGAAACUGAUUGGUGUGAUCUAGUCUCCAUCCUUGCUAUGUGUGCUUUAUUAUUUUGUUUGAGUUGCUGUUUGUGUUGAAGUCUAUUUAUUAAACGCUGCAUGUUUUGAUAUAUUUAAAGUAUAAUGUAUAUAACAUAAUUCCAAUCGAAACUGUUGAUAAACAAAGUAUAUAUUUUUAAAUCGUGAAGCAAACACAUGUUGCUUAUUACUGAUAACCUCUAAAAGAAUGCCACAGGUUACUCGGCUAUAGAUGUUUACUCUUACAAUCACGCAGCGCGGCCAAAAGGUUUAAAUUGUAUUCAUUAAAAACUCUGGAUUGACUACGACAGCAUGCCGAUUUUACGAUAUUAUUCAAUAAACCCAUGGAGCCAGGACCAUAAUUUGAGAUUAUUGCAACAAUUGCAACAAAUUUCUGGCCAUAUAUUUUCGUUAGAAGUGGAAAAAUGCUAUCAUGUAGAAUCAACCACUGCUAUCGAUGCACAACAAGAAUAUUUAUUGCGGUGGCUCUUCAAGGAUCCACAAGAUGAUGUAUCCUCAUUGCAAAAGAAUAGCUGUUUGCUACAAGAUCCUCAAUCAUGUCUAAUCGAAAUAGGACCACGCUUUAAUUUUUCGACAGCUUUUUCUACAAAUUGUGUAAAUAUAUGUCAAAAUGUUGGCUUGCAUGAAGUAAUACGCGUCGAGAUGUCAACACGGUAUCUACUUAGACUUGAUUUAAAACAAGCAUUAACGCAAAACGUAAAACUGCAAAUCAUUGAUUUGUUGAGUGAUCGCAUGACUGAAUGUGAAUAUACCAGCGAUAAUUUACCUAUAAAUAGUUUUAACGUGCAAUCGGAUAUUCAUAAGAAUUGGUAUCACGUGCCUAUUUUAUCUACUGGACGGCAAGCUCUGGAAAAGGUAAAUACUGAGCUUGGUCUAGCGUUUAGUGACUGGGAUAUGGACUAUUACACGAAUCUCUUCAAAAAUAUCCUAAAACGAGAUCCGACUACAGUUGAGCUAUUCGAUUGUGCUCAAAGCAAUAGUGAACACUCCCGUCAUUGGUUUUUUCGAGGAAAAAUGAUCAUAUCUGGACAAGAGCAACCUGAGUCUUUGAUCAAAAUGAUAAUGAAUACACAAAACUAUAGUAAUAGUAAUAACACAAUUAAAUUCAGUGAUAAUAGUAGUGCCAUACGCGGUUUUACACAUAAAGUGAUACGACCACACAAUUUCAACGGGCCCAGCAAUGUACGCUUAGUAAACACUGAAUCGGAUUUAAUAUAUACUGCUGAAACACAUAAUAUGCCCACUGCAGUGGCACCUUUCAGUGGCGCUACUACAGGGACUGGUGGUCGGCUUAGAGAUAUUCAAGGUGUCGGACGAGGAGGUAUACCUAUUGCUGGCACUGCUGGAUAUUGUGUUGGUUGUUUAAACAUUCCAGGUUAUUUUCAACCUUACGAACAAAACAAGUUUGAAUAUCCUCUAUCUUUUGCCAAGCCACUCAAAGUUUUAAUUGAGGCAAGUAAUGGAGCAUCCGAUUAUGGCAAUAAAUUUGGUGAACCCGUAAUUGCUGGAUUUGCGAUUUCAUAUGGUCUUGAAGACUCUUUGGGUGAACGUCAUGAAUAUGUUAAACCUAUUAUGUUUAGUGGCGGAAUGGGUAUUAUGGAUGCUACAAUGCGUCGAAAAAAUGAUCCCGAAAAAGGUAUGUUACUGGUGAAGAUAGGUGGACCAGUAUAUCGAAUUGGUGUAGGCGGUGGUGCUGCCAGUUCAGUAGAGGUACAAGGUUCAAGUAGUUCUGACCUGGACUUCAAUGCUGUUCAGCGUGGCGAUGCUGAAAUGGAGAAUAAACUAAACCGUGUCGUUCGCGCCUGUAUAGAAAUGGGAAGCAAUAACCCAAUCGUUGCAAUACACGACCAGGGUGCUGGCGGUAACGGUAAUGUUUUGAAGGAGUUAGUGGAACCCGGUUUUGCAGGAGCAAUAAUUUUUUCAAAAGAAUUUCAAUUGGGCGAUCCUACGAUAAACGCUUUAGAGUUGUGGGGUGCAGAAUAUCAGGAAAACAAUGCUUUAAUUUGCAGACCUGAACAUCGCAAAUGCUUGGAAGACAUUUGUUUACGUGAGCGCUGUCCAAUUAGCAUUGUUGGUGUUGUCACCGGAAACGGAAGAGUCACAUUGGUUGAAAGUGAGGCCAUAUUUGAACGUGCUUUGGAGCUGAAAGAUGACCUUAAUUCAUUGGGUCCCAUACCAUUUGAUUUAGAGCUAAAAUAUGUGCUUGGAGAUAUGCCGAAAAGAGAAUAUAAAUUGGACCGGACUCCUGAAAAGUUAAAACCCUUGUCGUUAAAUACAAAUUUUGAUAGAGAUGAGUGUUUGAGUCGCAUUUUACGCAUGUUAGCGGUUGGAAGCAAACGCUUCCUUACCAACAAAGUUGAUCGGUGCGUAACGGGUCUUAUUGCUCAGCAGCAGUGUGUAGGUCCAUUACACACUCCUUUAGCCGACUAUGGCUUAACUGCAAUAUCAUACUUUGGUAAAGAAGGUAUAGCAACUUCGAUAGGUACACAGCCUGUAAAAGGUAUAAUUAAUUCAGCUGCCAUGGCUCGUAUGUGCGUAGCGGAAGCUAUAUCAAAUUUAGUUUUUGUUAAAAUUACUGAAUUAGCCGACGUAAAAUGCUCUGGGAACUGGAUGUGGGCAGCUAAAUUACCUGGGGAAGGUGCUCGCUUAUAUGACGCUUGCAAAGAAAUGUGCGAAAUGAUGAAAGAACUUCAUAUUGCAGUUGACGGCGGAAAAGAUUCGCUAUCGAUGGCUGCAAAAGUCAAUGACAAGAUUGUAAAAUCACCGGGCACUCUUGUGAUUUCCACAUACGCUCCAUGCCCAGACAUCACCGUUAAAGUUACUCCAGACCUAAAAGGUCCUGCGAUGUCGCAACAAACUGCGCUGGUGUGGAUAAAUAUAGAGAAUAAGUUCCGUCUAGGAGGAUCUGCUCUAGCACAGGCAUAUUCCCAGCAGGGUAACGAAUGUCCUUCUGUGUUGCGAUGUGAUGUUCUUGCAAAAGCUUUCGCCACUACUCAAACUUUAUUGCAGCAGCAAAAACUCUUAGCUGGGCAUGAUAUUAGUGACGGCGGUCUUUUAAUUUGUUUGUUGGAAAUGGCUUUUGGUGGUUUGAGCGGAAUUGACAUUGAUUUAAGUAAUGCAAUGAUCAAGUUGAAACAUGCUUACUUCGAUGAAGCUGCAAAAACUAUUGGAAAAGAAGAAUUGGCAGUCUUGUAUGCAGAAGAAUGCGGUUGGGUUGUAGAGGUGCCAAUAAAUUUGCUAUCCGAAGUACAGGAUGCCUACACCGAGAAGGGCGUACCAAAUUAUUACCUGGGUGUUACAAUGGGUUAUGGAGUAAAGUCGGUCAUUAUUGUAAAAAAUAAUACCGAUAUCAUCCUUCAAAGUGAGGUAGAAACACUAUUGAAAGAAUGGGAAAGAACCGGUUUUGAAAUAGAAAAGCUUCAGUCUAACCCAGUUUGCGCUGUGGAAGAAUAUAAUUCUUUAAGUUUCCGCUCUCCUCCAAAUUAUUCCUGUGCACUGGAUUUGAAUGCAGAAAUUUCAAUGCUGCGCGCCUCAAAAGUUGUAAAAGUUGCAGUUAUUCGCGAAGAAGGUGUUAACAGUGAUAGAGAAAUGAUGGCGUGUCUAAUCAAAGCUCAUUUUGAGGUUCAUGAUGUAACCAUGUCCGAUUUAUUGUAUGGCAAAACUCAUUUGGAUCAAUACCGUGGCAUUGUAUUCCCUGGAGGAUUCAGUUAUGCUGAUACAUUGGGCUCUGCUAAGGGUUGGGCUGCUAACAUUAUGUUCAGUGACUUACUUGCUCCGCAAUUUCAAGCAUUUAAACAACGGCAAGAUGUUUUUUCGCUUGGAGUGUGUAACGGGUGCCAGCUUAUGAGUUUAAUCGGAUGGGUAGGACAUUCCGAAGCGACUAAUAAGCAAGUUAUUGAUGUUCCUGACAUUGCCGUACUACAGAACAAAUCCGGCCGCUUUGAAUGUCGUUGGUCUUCAAUACGAGUUGAGGACUGUAAAGCUAUAAUGCUUAGUAAAUUGAAAAAUUCUGUUUUGGGUUGCUGGAUAGCUCAUGGCGAAGGAAGAUUUUCAUUCCGAGAUAAUGCUGUAUUGAAUGAAUUGAAAACCAAUCGCUGUGUCGCUGUAAGCUAUGCUGAUGACAAUGGGGUAGCAACUGAAGCUUAUCCAAUGAAUCCGAAUGGAAGUAUUGGCGGCAUAGCUGGUCUUUGCUCCCUGGACGGUCGUCACUUAGCAUUAAUGCCUCAUCCUGAGCGUAGUAGCGCAAUGUUCCAAUGGCCUUACGUUCCAGCUAAAUUUAAAAUUGAUUCCCCGGAUAGCCCAUGGCAAAUAAUGUUUAACACUGCAUAUGAAUGGUGUUUAAGUAAUUAAAUUAUUAUGUAUAAUAAAAUGUAAUAAAGGUUCCAUUUUUUAAUUUUCUUUUUACAUAA